UCCUCUCCAGACGGCGCCGACAGCCUGUGGGAGCCGCAGCUGUGUCAGCAGCCGGGAGAGAGGGAGAGGCCCUGCCGCACUGCUAUCUGCUCGCACGCCUGCACCCCUGCACCCACCCCCCCCCCCCACUCACAUCCCCGUCCCCGGCAUGUCGGCUCUGGAGUGGUACGCGCACAAGUCCCUGGGCGACGGCAUCUUCUGGAUCCAGGAGCGCUUCUUCGAGUCCGGCAACCGCGCUAACAUCUGGCUGGUGCGCGGCACGGAGCAGGACGUGGUGAUCGACACCGGGCUGGGGCUUCGAAGCCUGCCCGAGUACCUGUACUCGGCCGGCCUCCUGCAGGACCCGGACAAAGGAGAGGACUUGGUGCGGCGGCCGCUGCUGGCCGUGGCCACCCACGUCCACUUUGACCACGCCGGCGGGCUCUACCAGUUUGACCAGGUAGCGGUGCACCGGGCCGAGGCGGACGCCCUGGCCCGCGGGGACAACUUUGAGACUGCGACCUGGCUGUCGGAGAGCGAGGUGGUGCGGGCUCCAAGCCCCGGCUGGAACGCCAGGCAGUUUCGAGUGCAGGCGGUGCAGCCCACCCACAUCCUGCAGGAGGGGGAUGUGAUCAGCCUUGGUGACAGACAGCUGACUGUUAUGCACAUGCCUGGUCACUCCAGGGGAAGCAUCUGCUUACUGGACAAAGAUCGGAAGAUUCUGUUCAGUGGAGAUGUUGUAUAUGAUGGAGCAAUGAUUGACUGGCUUCCAUACAGCCGAAUCAAUGAUUAUAUUGUUACCUGUGAGCGUCUGAUAGAAUUGGUGGACAGCGGUGUGGUAGAGAAGGUGCUUCCUGGGCACUUCAACACCUUUGGAGCUGAAAGGCUGUAUCGCUUGGCUUCCAACUAUAUUUCGAAAGCUGGUUUGUGUCACAAAGUUUCAACCUGCGCCAUGAGAUCCCUUGCAAGUUUAGCUCUGCGUGUAACCACCUCUAGGACCCCAUCCUAGUUUGUAUGUAUUGGUUUUAUCAUGUAAUUGAUACUUUUAAAACCAAGCAGUUUUGUGGUUAAAAUAAUUGAUUGUGAUUGUUUCAAGAAGUGCUUUCUCAAUAUUGGGGGGGGGGGGGGCAGAUUUGAGAAGGAAUAAGCCAAAAGAGGGAGAUUUCUUAUUUUAACUUAUUUACUUUCCACCAAAUAAUUAUAGUAAGCCUCUGAAAGAAGCUAAUAGCUUGCCAAAGCUGUUGCCUUUUAAAUGUUUGUGGGUUUUUGUUUUGUUUUGUUUUUGGUCAUUGAAACUGUGGGAUGGUUGCAUGGGGAAGGCAUUUUGGAGAAAAGGAAAGAAGAGUUAUCCAUACCUGCUUUGGGAAACUCUCGUUUGAUUUCUUAUGUGCAUUAAAGUAAGUUUUGGGUUUUUUUUUUGUGCCCCAACCCUGAUGUUUUCAGUAUUGUAUUUAAAAUGAAAGAUGAAACUUCUUCAGUUUAAAAUCCAUUUGAACUCAAUGUGAAACAUAUAAUAUAGCUAUUUCUUUGAACCCUAAACAUUUCACUACUGUAGGGACUGGAUUCAUGUGUGCCAUGAUUUAUUUAUUCUUUGUGUAACUUAUUAAUGAAAUAGUCACUGUCUGUGGUGUGUUUAUUUUAUUUAUUUAAAAAUAGUAAAGUGCAUUUGGGUUUGAUGCAAGGCUUUAUAAAACAAAUGCUUCAUUAUAAAGGCUGAAAACAUAUUUACAGUGGAGGUGUUGUAUUUUGCAAAUAGUGAAGUUUUAAGUGUGUGUAUUUAACUGCAAAUGUUUAGAUUUCUUGAAAGGACACCGUCAGGCAUACUUAAAAAUAUAUAUGAUUUGAAAUAUUUUCUUCUGGUUUGGAAGGAAAAGUGAAAACAGGUCUCUAGAGCAUUCUGUCUUUGGUCAACACUUCCUAUGAGAUCAACUUUGGGACUCUUAAAAAAUUUGUAUAAUCUUGACACAAGUAUUUUACUUGGUCCUUUGUCCUAUGUUGCAUUAAAGUGCUUACUAAAUUAAUUUCAUGGUGUAAAUUAGAUAGUAAUCUUUCCCUGAUUCACAGAACUGAUUCUUGUCUGAUGGAUUUUGAACCACCUACAACCUUUGGCUGAAAUGGAAAGAUCUCAUUUUCACCAUCUACUCCAAACAAAAGCUAGACUAGUAUUUACUGAUGCAUAUUGGUUUGGCAUAUGGGGGUGUGUGUGUGUGUGUGUGUGUGUGUGUGUGUGUGUG